AUGACGUCUGUUUAUGUUUUGUUACAUAUUGACCUCUUUGUCAUCAAUAUGAUAACCUCCUUAACAUUGCAGGGCUGCCUUGGAGCUUUAGAUGGGAUGCACACCAAUGUCUGUGUCCCCCUUGCAGAUAUUUCUAGGUACCGUAACAGGAAAGGCCAAAUAACAACAAACACGCUCGCCAUCUGUGAUCAGCGACUACGUUUCGUGUACUUGUUGCCGGGCUGGGAAGGAUCGGCCGGGGAUGCAAGAAUUUUACGUGACGCAGUGACCAGAUCACUUGGGCUACAAGUGCCAAAAGGUUGUUAUUAUCUAUGUGAUAAUGCUUACUCCAAUUGUGAGGGAUUUGUGACACCGUACAAAGGUGUUCGAAACCAUUUGAAAGAGUGGGGACCGGGGAAUGCAGCCCCGCAAUCACCCAAGGAGUUAUUUAAUCUCAAGCACACGAAGGCGAUGAAUAUCAUCGAGCGUUCAUUCACAGUGCUUAAAAUGCGGUGGGGCAUACUCCAAAGUGCCAGUUUCUACCCAAUAGAAGUUCAAACAGGGUUGAUUAUCGCUUGUUUCUUACUUCAUAAUUUCAUUCGUAGUCAAAUGGAGGUGGACCCCAUUGAGGAGGAAUUGGAAUCUUAA